AUGAGAUCUGUUACUAGAAAUUUGGUUGCGGGGGCUGCCCUUUCUUGGGUACCUGCUGCGCUUGCUACCAAGCCAUGGGUCACUUCGGAGGCGCUUCAAGCUGGUAUCACCACGGAGGGAUUGAUGGAGAACCUUGCGAACUUGGACAGAAUCGCAACUGAGAAUGGCGGCAAUCGGGCUUUCGGUCUCCCUGGCUACACCGCAUCAGUAGACUACGUCACCUCUCAGCUAGCCAAAUACAACAGCACCGCCAAAUCCUGGACCCAAGACUUCCCAGCCCUCUUCAAUCGCGUCGAAUCGAUCGAAUUCCGAGUCGACAACACUUCCUACUACGUCUACGGCCUAACCUACUCGCCCUCCACCACUGCCGAAGGCGUAACCGCACCACUCGUCCUCGGCCCAACCGGCGACGCGGGCUGCACCGUCGAAGGCUACGCCGACUACGACGUGCAGGACAAGAUCGUGCUGGUCGAGCGCGGCACCUGCCCUUCGGGCGGCACGCUGGCAGGGCGCAUCCGGCCGGCGGCAGCCGCAGGCGCCAGCAACGUCAUCAUCUACAACAACGUGCCGACCAAAGUCACCGGCGGCACGCUGUCGGCGCCCGAUCCGGAAGAGUACGUGUCGAGCGGCUUCAUCAACCAGGUCGACGGCCAGGCCCUGCGCGACCGCCUGCUGGCCGGCGAGGCCAUCACGGCGCACUUCCAGCAGACGCAAACGAUUGAGGAGCAGCUGACGCAGAACGUCUUCGCCGAGACGCGCGGCGGCGAUCCGAGCAAUGUCAUCAUGCUGGGCGCGCAUCUCGAUUCGGUGCAGGCGGGCGCGGGCAUCAACGACGACGGCUCCGGCACGACGCUGCUGCUCGAGGUCUUCGAGGCGCUGUCCAGCUUCGACGUCAAGAACAAGGUGCGCUUCGCGUGGUGGGGCGCCGAGGAGAACGGCCUGGUCGGCUCGCGCUUUUAUACGUCCAGCAUCGCCAACACCAGCGAGGCCGACGACAUCCUGCUGUACCUCAACUUCGACAUGGUGUCGCGCGGCUACUACGGCGUCUUCGACGGCGACGGCAGCACCCACGGCCUGGCUGGCGCGCCCGGCUCCGACGUCAUCGAGAAGCUGUUCGUCGAUCACUUGGCCGGCCAGGGCCUGAACGUCACGCCCGCCGUCUUCACCGGCGGCAGCGACUACGCCUCGUUCAUGGAGACGCUGGGAAAGCCCGUGGGCGGCUUGCAUACAGGGACGGGCGUCGACCAGGAUCCGUGCUAUCACCAGGCGUGCGAUACGUACAACAACUCGAACCCGACGACGCUGACGAUUAAUGCGAAGGCUGCUGCUCAUGUCCUCGCUACACUGGCCAUUGACGGCACGGAUUUGAUCCCGAAGACGCCAUCGAAUGCGACUGCUUCGCUCAAUAGGCGCUUCUUCACCAGCGAGAGUUUGGGAAGCUUCCCUUGGACUGAGAUCGAGGGUGAGCGUCAUCUGGGGACUUGUGGACAUGAUGUGUAG